AGCCAUUCUUGGCCAGAGUGUGUGUGCGUGUGUGUGUGUAUGUGUGUGUGAGCGUGUGUCUGGGUCUGGGAGGCUGGAACAUGGAAGAUGAUGAGGUUGCAGAGAGCUGGGAGGAAGCAGCGGACAGUGGGGAAAUAGAGAGAAGACUGGAAGCAAAACUAAGGAUCAGUCAGAAAGAGAAGAGAGCCAGUGCUGGCUCUGGACGCUCCCCUGUAAAGACUGCCAUCGUGAUCCAGGACGACUCCCUCCCUGCGGCGCCCCCUCCCCAAAUUCGCAUCCUGAAGCGGCCCUCCAGUAAUGGGUCCCUGGGGUCGUCCGCGGCUUCCACACGGGCCGCCCCGCAGGUGAAGUCCCUGGCCCAGCGGGAGGCAGAGUACGCCGAGGCCAGGAGGAGGAUCCUGGGCAGUGCCAGCCCAGAGGACUCCCCUCAGGAUAGACCCAACACAGACAGAUCAGUGCGUGUGAGCGCCCCCCAGCCUUCGGAGGACCUAAGGACAAACAAUCGCGCGAUCCGCCAGCCAGCUGGACCAGAUGGCACACAAGGCUUUCACCAGCGCAGAUAGGAGGGAGAGAGGAAUCCACUAUAUCAUUCUGCCCUGGGUGGACCAGGGUGGUGGGACAGGGGGGUGCUGAAAUGGGUUGUAUUAGCAAGAUUAUAAGGAUGAAGUAUAAGAAAAUGAGUGAAUACUCCCCUCUGACUAUUCCUUCCCUGCAGAUAUCUGGCCCUGUGUAUGUGCAUGCGAGAAAGAGAGCAGUUGGGUAGGGGCUGAAAACAUGGGGAGGAGUUUGAGGGCCAAAACGUUUCUCCCGAUUGACACUGUGAUGAGGACAUUGCCUCUUCAGGACUCUUCACUGUGAUACCCCCCUAGAUAUGCCCAAAAGUACCCCCCCGCCCCACCGUCCCUCCCUCCCUCCCUACUGCUGAUCAGGACCCCAGUUAAGGCCACCUCCUUGAGAUAAGGAACACAAAAGACUUGAGUGUGUAAGCUGGAGCAGGAGAAAUGGUGGUCAGGUGUCACCAUUGUCUCUCAGCAAUAAUACUAAUAUCAUCACUGAAGAUCAUCCCUUCCCCUCGACUGUCCGCCUGUCUGUGUGCUGUUUAUACUGCCCAUCUGCUUUUUAUUUUUAGUUCAUACUUCGAUGACUGAUUACAUUUGUUUGUUUUUGUUUAACUGGGGGGGUGGGGGGAUGCAUUUGAACAGAUGAAAGCAUAAAAGUACUACUCUUGUUUGCUGUUACAUUUGCAUUUUUUUUAUUUAGCUAUUCCGACUUUUACUUUUGUCGUUUCUAUUUAAAACAAGUAUUGACAACAAAAACAAAAAAUUAAAUGACAACAAACAUCUAAAAAGUGGAUUCCAGUCGAUUUUAAAGUUUAUGUUUUGAGGUAGUGAUUACAGAAGUAGUGUUUUCAUUAGAAAAACGAUAGGAAAUUAAAGAUCUUGAAGAGGGAAAAGAGAUUUUAAGAAGGCCAAAAAAGUACUGUAAAUAUGCCUGUGGCUGUCUUGCUGGUAAUAGCAGAUGGACAUAGAUGGAGAUAUAUGUGAACAACACAUGAGUCUCCACAAAUUUGUGUGGAAUUAAAGCAAGUAUUAAGAGAUGUAUAUCAGCAUUUGUAUUUCACAUUCUCUUUUUUGUCCCGAGUUGUCCACUAGAGUGCAUCCCCAUCUGUUCUAAUGUCUUACACAAGUAUGCGAGGUCACUUAUGCUGCCUAAAUGGAGAGUAAGAACUCAGCCUGCGUGUGGAAAGAAAAAUGAAUGUUCAACUUUAUACCGCAAUGCCACAACAGUAAUGUGUGGGAUUAGGGUGAAGCCAAAGGAGAAAAUGCUGAUUUCUCCAGCAUUUCAGGCCUAGACAAUUUCACAAUUAUUUCCCUUUUGAGAAAAGAGAAAAAAGGAAAGGUUUAUUUUGGCUGCUUGAGUUGUGUGGGCAUGUGCGCUCGUGCUCAGAUCAGUUUUGAGUCAGUCGGUGCAUUAGGGACAUGAAGGCCUUAACUAUGAUAUACUGGGACCUAUUUUGUUUGUGGAUCAUCCUAACAUUUCUAACGCACCUCGGAUUCUUACCCAGGGGUGCUGCUUAGACACGGCAUGCUAAAGCUGAAGGGAAACGAAACCCCUCUCCCUGUCAUCCAUUGACUCCCCUCAUUUUGCCUUAGAGAGACUGGUGGGUCCUCAGGCACUGUGCCAGAGCCCCUUCACACGAGGCACCAUCACAGCCAGCCUGAAAGCAGGAGAGAAAGCCCUGAUUUUUAUUCUGUAUGACAAACGGCCUGUAAAUACUUUUAAGAUGUGCCCUUUAAUAAGAGAUUGGGGGGAAAAAAUGAAAAUGGCAAACAAUGUGUAUGUAUAUUUUUGGUUGGUUUAGAAUAUUUUAUUUUUUCUACUGUGUAAAAUAGCUUGUGUAUGUAUGUAUGUAUAUGUUGACUAUUUGUCCCUCACCCAUUUAACAGCCAGUGUAAAACAUGAGCUGGAACUUGGCUUUAAUUAUAAUGUGGGAUGUCAUGAGGAUGUCGGAUUGAGGGGUCCCAAUGCAGGCAAGUGGGAAAGGUAUAUUUACUUAAGUGCCAUACAAAUGAGAAACAGUCCCUUUUCUAACCUUUUGUGUAUUUCUGUUCUCUUGGAGUCACCAAAAUGUAGUGAACAACUGAAACCCACAAAGAGGGCUGUGUAAACAUCCUUUAAAUAAGUGUCUGAACAAGAAGCUAUGCCUUUUUGUACCCCUUGCGCUUCACUGUCAGGUUGAUCUGUAAAUACAUUUGUCUGUCAGAACUGUA